AUGAAAGCACUAAUCUGCGGAAGAGGUUUAAUAUCCGAACCACAAGAGGUUUUAAAGUGUUUCGAAGAACAUUACCGUGAUCAUUUUCGAUUUCCGAUUGAGAAAGUUUUACGCGAGACAAAAGAAGAAGUUCAGAGAGAAUUAGAACUAGCUUUCGAGCAAUUUUCGAGCGAUCAGGGUGAACCCUUUACGGUUAUGUACCACGAAAUUCGAAAAGAGUUAGGAUAUUUACAUCCGAAACGGGCACUUGAUCCACAGGGUACCUCAAAUAUUAUUUUAAAAAAGAAUAUGUUUGCCUUUUCGGUCCUUUGUUUAAUCGUUUAUUUCUGA